AUAUUAUAAUAUCGUGAUGGACGAAUUUUCGGAUCACCGGAAAAAGGACGUACCGUCCGAGUUCCGAGUCCGCGCUCGCUUCUACGCGAUCCGCCAGGUGGACGGCGAACGGGCGUACGACUGGUACAAGCGGGUGCGGGCGGCCGCCGAGCCGUGCGGGUUUGGCGCCGUCCGCCAGCCGCAGUGGACGCCGGUCGCCGACAAGUUCGUCACGGGGUUGCGGCCGGGUCCGGUGGCCGACCGGUUGCUCGGCGAACGAGCGGACGGCCGGCUGGACUACUUGCUGGCCGCGGCGAUCGAGGCCGAGGAGGCGGCGGCGGCGGCCGACGGUGCGACGCGACGACGGCGGAUCGCGGGCGGCGAGACGUCCGGUCGUCGUCUGCCGGCCGGCGGAACGGCGCCGGACUUGCUGUCCGAAAUACGCGAAGGGUUGAAGCUGUACCGGUACAGCAGCAGCGGCGAAGGGUACGACGAUAGAAGUAUCGUCCGCGACGGUGGCGGCGGAGGAGACGACCCGCGGAUUAAUGAUAAUAAACAUAAGUUAUCGCAAAUAUCUAAUGUAAAAAUGAUUGGUAAUAUGAAAUCAAUGGUUGAUGGAAAAUCGUGUUUGGAAAAAAAUGAUUAUACACCUCUGACGUGUAAAAACUGUUGUGAGUUAGCAACGAGACUAUUGGAAAAUCUGGAGGAAAAAACUCAUUUAUAUCACCAACAGAGUACAAUAAUAAUUACCCCGAAAAACCCUUUAGUGAUAGCAAGUCUACUAGUUAUUAUCACGACGAUUCAAAUUGUUACUGUUCAUUGCGGACAAAUAAUGACCGUAGAAUAAAGAAUGUAGCCGCAAUUGCAGUUGGGAAAUCUAAUAAUACUGUCUCAAUUUCAAAUUGCUUAGAAUGUACGAAAAGUAGUAAGUGCUGUGUUUGCAGCGCUAGUGACUAUAGCUAACUAGGUAAUUGAUGAAAAAAUGUUUAUAAGAAUAUGACUUACUGAUACUUAUUGAUUUAUAGAUUUCAUGUUUGUAGAAAAUAAAUUAAUAUUAAAAUCUAUAUUAUUAUUUAUAAUUCAUAUUAUAUCACACUAUUUUGAUACCCUGAAAAAACUAAAU